AUGUCUGAAGAGUCGUCAGCAGAUCGCAAUGUCGAAAUCUGGAAGAUCAAGAAGCUCAUCAAGAGCUUGGAAAUGGCACGAGGAAACGGCACAUCAAUGAUUUCACUGAUCAUUCCACCCAAGGAUCAAAUCUCAAGAGUGUCCAAAAUGUUGGCCGAUGAGUUCGGGACCGCUUCCAACAUCAAGUCGCGAGUCAACCGUCUAUCCGUGUUGGGUGCCAUCACGUCGGUACAACACAGGCUGAAGUUGUAUACGAAAGUACCACCAAACGGUCUCGUAAUCUACUGCGGAACCAUCGUGACCGAAGAAGGCAAAGAAAAGAAAGUGAACAUCGACUUUGAGCCGUUCAAACCCAUCAACACCUCGUUAUACCUGUGUGACAACAAGUUCCACACGGAGGCGUUGACGGCGUUGCUCGCUGAUGAUAACAAAUUUGGUUUCAUCGUGAUGGACGGUAACGGCGCGCUGUUCGGUACACUCCAGGGUAACACUAGAGAGGUACUGCACAAGUUCACAGUAGAUCUGCCAAAGAAACACGGUCGUGGUGGUCAGUCUGCGCUGCGUUUCGCCCGUCUCCGUAUGGAGAAGCGUCACAACUACGUGCGCAAGGUGGCCGAGGUCGCCACCCAGCUGUUCAUCAGCGCCGACCGUCCGAACGUCGCCGGCUUGAUCCUAGCCGGUUCAGCAGACUUCAAGACUGAGCUGUCGCAGUCCGAUAUGUUUGAUCCCAGACUGCAAGCGAAGAUCAUCAAGCUGGUAGAUGUGUCGUACGGAGGGGAGAAUGGCUUCAACCAAGCCAUUGAGCUGGCAGCUGAAUCACUGCAAAACGUCAAAUUCAUUCAGGAGAAGAAACUCAUCGGCAGGUACUUUGAUGAGAUCUCACAGGACACUGGCAAAUAUUGCUUUGGUGUGGAUGAUACGUUGCGCGCCCUCGAGCUGGGCGCCGUGGAAACACUGAUUUGCUGGGAGAAUCUUGACAUUCAAAGAUACGUCCUGAAGUCACACGCCACCAACCAGGAGACCAUUCUUCACUUGACCCCAGAACAAGAGAAGGACAAGUCACAUUUCACAGAUAAAGAAAGCGGGGUAGAGUUGGAACUGGUGGAGUGCCAGCCACUGCUCGAGUGGUUGGCAAACAACUACAAGUCAUUCGGAGCCACAUUAGAGAUCAUCACUGACAAGAGCCAGGAGGGCAGCCAGUUCGUGCGAGGCUUCGGUGGUAUUGGAGGUCUUCUCCGUUACAAGGUGGACUUCCAGUCUAUGCAGUUGGAUGACGAAGAAAUCGACAAUCUAUACGACAUCGAUGACUACUAA